AUGUCCGAAGUACUUUCUGAGGUUCCAGCUAAGGAGGAGAAAGGUGAGGAGCCCGACGUCAAGACCUGUGAUGUCCCGGCUACAGGCGACUCGGAGAGGUCUCAAGAGACCACAGAAGUGGUAGUCGAGAAGGCCUCUGGGGAGGUGAAGACGGGCGAGGGAUCUGGUGACGGGGCUAUUGCGAAAGAGGACGAUAGCGAAAUGCUGCACGCGAUGAGGCAAAUUGAAUUCUACUUUGCGGAUUCGAACCUGCCCUUCGAUAAAUUCAUGUGGACAUUGCAUACCGCUAACCCGGAACACUGGGUACCUAUCAAAACGGUUGCAUCGUUCAAACGUAUGCGCGAGUUCCAGUCGCUGGGGCUGGAGUGGGUGACGAAAGCGCUUGCGAGGAGCACCGAACUUGAGGUUGACGCUGAGAAAGGGAUGGUCCGACGUCGGACAGAGGUACAAGAACCGAAAGGCCAGCUUGAGCGCAGUAUAUAUGCAAAAGGGUUUGGGCCUGAGGAGUCAGGAUUGCAGCGCCGGCUGGAAGACCUUUUCAACAAGUAUGGGAAGACCAACGCGGUCAGAAUGCGAAGGAUGGAUCCCACGAAGGAAUUCAAGGGCUCUGUGUUUGUUGAGUUCGCAGAUUAUAAGUCCGUUGAGGCGUUCUUGAACGCGGACCCGAAGCCAACGUGGAACGGAGAAAAGUUACUCGUCAUGUCAAAAGAGGCCUACUGUGAGAUGAAGAUCAAGGAGAAGGGUUUGACUGGCAAGGCCGCAACGAUCAGAAGGCAAAACAUCACAGGUCAAGGGCGUAAGGGUUUCAAUGCCUUCAAGGAAAUGGAGGACAAGGACAAGAAGAAAGGUAAGGAAAAGGAUAAGCCGAAGCCUGAGGUCUGGUUGGACUUCCUGGGCAACAAGAUCAAGGUGCAUGAAGAGGACGGGGGAACUAUCAAGAACGAGGACGUGCCUCUUGUGCGAGGCGCGUCGCUCAAGUUCGAGGGCAGCAUUGAGGAUGUCAGUUUCGACGAAGUCAAGACUCCACUAAAGGAGCGUUUCGCCCGCGCGCCCUUCGUGAAAUAUACGAAGGGCGAGAAAUUGGGCCUUGUCGGCUUCGACAAGUCUCUGACGGAGGAUGAGAUCACCUAUGUCAAGGAGACCCUGAAAACACUCAGUGGAGCGGAAGUAACUUGGAGUGUCCCUGAUGAGGAAACAGAGAAGGCCUUCCAGCUUGAGCGUGCUACAUCUGCUGCCAAGAGGGUGAUGUCAUUCUCACAACGAGGUGGGCGUGGUGGCGGUCGCGGAGGUCGCGGAAGUCGUGGAGGCCGCGGAGGCCGCGGAGGUCGUGGGGGACGUGGGGGACGUGGUGGGCGUGGAGGUGGACGUGGGGGAGAGAGCCGAGACAAGGAGGGAGAUGCAACGCCUGCUACUACGUCUAACGGAGAGCAGGCGGGAGAGAAGAGGAAGCGUGCGGUGGAGCCCGACGGUGGGCCCGAUACGGGGAUUCGCGGGCAGGCCGUCCCUAUCAUUCAAAGCGCCAAGAAAGCCAAGGUAGAGGAGAGCUAG